CCGAGUCAGAGUGGAGGACCGAGUCGUGACCGAUUCCGUCCUCUAUCCUUUUGAGUCGUCUCGUGUUGUCAUUUGUCAGCAUUAAUGGUCCCUCCCUCGCCAAUCCAUCCUCACCCUUCGAUCUCAUCUCUCCCCUUUCAUUCCCACCGUCCGAUCUUCCCCUUUCUCUUUCUCUCUCCAUUCUCCCAAUUUCAAUUUCAGUUCGCGAGAAUUUGAACCUCUCUGAAGAACCCUAACCAUCACACCCUGCUCCUGCAACUAUCCCACACAUCCCCUCUCAACUCCUCGGAUCGCACCCGCAACUCAAUUUCGCCUCGCCUUCUCGCCUUCUCGCUCUCCCCAGUAUUGGUUGGAUCGGCUCACUGCAUACUCGUGCUCGGGACCAAAAUCGGAUUUUGGAGCAAAAACAGUUCGCGAUAUCUUGCUUUUUGUCGUUAUUGCUUCUAAAUCGUUAAUGCAAGUGAAGUAAUAUCUUGUAAUUUGAUAGUGGAGGUUGGUUCAUUGUGGCAGGGGAAAAGAGGGUUAGAAUUGGGCAGAAAGUAAACUCGGAUUACCCAUUUCUGUGGUUUUCCCUUGUCAUUGGCACCGCGUCAAUUGUUGAUUUGGGUGUGUGAGGCAAGGCCAAGGUAUGUGUGAAGUGUAUGCUGUUUCUGCUUCGUAACUCAGGGUGUACGGAUAAUGGAAGGCAAUGGAAUCAUUCAUGAGAGUAACCUAGGAGCGGGGAGAAGGGACAAGAGAGAGGUGGGAGAGAAAUCGAUGGAAGAUUUAAGUAGAUAUGCACAUAGUCCUGCUCACUUGGCCGUUGCCAGGCGCGACCAUGCUGCCCUGAGGCGCAUUGUUGCUGCCCUUCCCAGGCUGGCUAAGGCUGGAGAGGUCAACACAGAAGCUGAAUCCCUUGCAGCUGAGCUUCAUUCGGAUGAGGUUUCUGCUGUUAUUGAUCGCCGUGAUGUUGCUGGUAGGGAGACCCCUCUUCACCUUGCAGUGCGACUUCGGGAUCCAGUGUCUGCUGAGAUUCUGAUGGCUGCUGGUGCGGAUUGGAGUCUACAGAAUGAGCAUGGUUGGAGUGCUCUCCAAGAAGCAGUGUGCACUAGAGAGGAAGCUAUUGCCAUGAUUAUUGCACGGCAUUAUCAACCUUUGGCUUGGGCUAAAUGGUGUCGUAGGCUUCCCCGCAUUGUUGCUUCAGCGUCCCGAAUUCGUGAUUUUUAUAUGGAGAUAAGUUUUCAUUUUGAGAGCUCUGUCAUUCCUUUCAUUGGGCGAAUAGCUCCUUCUGACACUUACCGGAUUUGGAAGCGUGGGUCUAAUCUCCGUGCUGAUAUGACCCUUGCUGGUUUUGAUGGCUUGCGUAUCCAACGAUCGGACCAGACAUUUUUGUUCCUUGGAGAGGGCUAUGUCGCAGAGGAGGGCAACUUAACUCUGCCACCUGGUUCUUUGAUUGCUCUUUCUCAUAAGGAGAAGGAAAUCACAAAUGCUUUAGAAGGAGCUGGUACACAGCCAACAGAGUCUGAGGUUGCUCACGAAGUUUCCUUGAUGUCUCAGACAAAUAUGUAUAGACCAGGUAUUGACGUUACUCAGGCUGAGCUUGUUCCCCAUUUAAAUUGGAGGCGGCAGGAGAAGACUGAGAUGAUUGGGAGUUGGAAGGCAAAAGUUUAUGACAUGCUUCAUGUGAUGGUUAGUGUGAAGUCAAGGAGGGUUCCUGGUGCUAUGACUGAUGAAGAGCUUUUUGCUGUGGAGGAUGGAGAAAGCAUGAUAAAUGGGGAAAACAAUGACGAAUAUGAUGAUGUACUGACUGCUGAGGAAAGAAUGCAAUUAGAUUCUGCACUCCAUAUGGGAAACUCUGAUGGUACAUACGAGGAUGAGGAAAAUGGAGCCUUUGACGGUCAAGAAAAUGGUUCUGCAGCUUCCUUUGAGAAUUCUGAAGCCAAUGGCACGGUUAAAGAAAAGAAGAGCUGGUUUGGUUGGAACAAGAAAAGUUUGAAGAACAGUGAUGACCCCGAGGAUUCCAAAAGUGUGAAGAAAAAUUCCAAGUUUGGCUCAGAAGGGAGCAAUCAGAGAUCUGUUGAUCAGCAAAAGUUAGCAUCUGAGUCUCUGAAGGAGGAUAGUGGAGACCUUAAGAAGGGAAAAGAUAAAAUCAAUAAAAAGAAGAAGAAGAAAGGAACAAACACUGAGUCGAAGAAUGAGAGCGAGUAUAAAAAGGGUUUAAGGCCUGUGUUGUGGUUGACGCCAGAUUUUCCUCUGAAAACUGAUGAGCUUCUGCCUCUACUUGACAUCUUAGCAAAUAAGGUUAAGGCUAUCAGAAGACUCAGAGAACUUUUGACAACUAAGCUUCCUCAUGGAACUUUUCCUGUCAAGGUUGCUAUUCCUAUAGUUCCUACCAUCCGGGUCCUCGUCACUUUUACGAAAUUCGAAGAGCUUCAGCCUGUGGAGGAGUUUUCAACUCCACUGUCCAGCCCAGCACAUUUCCAUGAUGCGAAAUCGAAGGAAUCAGAGGGCUCUAGUUCGUGGAUUUCAUGGAUGAAAGGAAGUCGUGGGGGCCAGUCCAGUGACUCUGAUAGUCACAGAUAUAAAGAUGAAGUUGAUCCUUUCAACAUACCUGCGGACUACAAAUGGGUGGAUGCCAAUGAGAAGAAACGCAGAAUGAAGGCAAAGAAAGCGAAAAGUAAGAAACAUAAGAAGCUUCAGACAGCGGGAAAAGGUGGAGAUGAAGUGCAUCAGAGAACGGAGGAGGUAGAAGAAGAGUAGUAAGUAGUAAGUAGUAUGGUGGUAUGGUAUCUCUUGAGGCUUUGAUUGAUAAUUGUUGCCAGAGAAAAAUCAUGAUCUUUCUUUGUGCACACAGCCAUAGCUGACAUUAUAGUUCUAUGUUGGAGGGUUUCUCCAAGAAUUUACUAGAAAUUUCUUGGGCAACCAAUUGUUAUUAGUUAAGAAAAAGGUGCCUUUAUUUUUUUUUCCCUCGUUUUGCAAAGAAAGCUUUAUCUUCUAUAAAUUGUUGUAUUGGCAGUGAAGAGGAAUUGAAGAGCAAGGGUGUAUCGCUCCCUAUUCUCUCUAGUUCUCCUUAGAUACUACUUCCUACUAUUUGUAUCUACUCCUAUGUCGAUGAUUAUCGAUUUUUAAUUUUCGUGAGU